UCCGAUAUAUACUUCACAGCAACUGCAGCUGUGAAUGAGGUCUCAUCUGGAGGCAGCUCCAAGGGGACUAGUGCUCACAAUUCUCCACAAACACCCCCAGGCCGAGACACUCCAGUAUUUCCUUCUUCCCUGGGGGAAGGUGAAAUUCAGUCAAAAAAUCUGUACAAGAUUCCACUUAGAAACCUCGUUGGUAGAAGUAUCGAGCGACUUCUGAAGUCACCCCUAGUCUCCAAGGUCAUCACCCCACCCACUCCCAUCAGUGUGGGCCUUGCUGUGAUUCCUGUCAUGCAUUUCUUGUCCCUAUCUCGCAUGGAGAUCAAAGAAAUAGCCAGCAGAACCCGCAGGGAAUUACUGGGCCUCUCAGAUGAAGGUGGACCCAGGUCAGAAGGGGUACCAAAGGCUAAAUCAAAACCCCGGAAGCGGUUAGUAGAAAGCCAAGGAGGCCCCAAGCCAGGAGCAGUGAGAUCAUCAAGCAGCGACAGGUAA